AUGCAGACCCAAACCCAGCCUCAAGGGCGCGCUCGCUCAAAUAGCUUGCAGCAAAUGCUCGACUUGGAAAAGAAGCUCAAUGUAAGCUUACAAGCGAUCACUCACCAAAAGGAUUUCCCUGACUUUGAACAGUUUCAACGGACUCACCAAGGCUCUGUGCCGCCUUCUCCGCCAUGCACUGAUAGCGGUAGUUCUGUUCCUCCUAGUCCUGGCCACACUCCUCGUCGAUUCGAGUUGGUCACAAAGGACAAGAAAGUGCCACCGCCUGUUCGAAAUUACUCUGCUGUUCCUCCGCCGCUCUUUUCAGCGCAUUCAGAUCCUGUGCGAUCAGCUUCGCCAAACAUGAUUCCUAGGAAACCUGUCGGCCAAGGCAUGUCUCGACCAUCUUCAAACGAACAGCUCAAGGAAAAAGACGACAAGCCUGCUCAAAAGACAGUAGCCUUUUGUUUUCCCCCAGACAUGGAAGAGAAGCGCUCGAUGUGCCAAUCACCUACCUGGGAGGCUUACAAUCGUCAAAAGAAGGAGAAGAAGGAAGAAAAGCGCAAAGAGCUUGAAAAGAAAGAAGAAGAGAGACGAAAAGAAAAGGAGAAAGAACGCGAACAGACUAUGAACGCAGCUCUCGAAGAAGCAUGGAAGAACGCUCCCAAGCCCCGCGGUAGAAAACUGAGCAAGCCUAUGCCACCCUCUCCAGGCCGCAGCAACACCGAACCAAUCCCAAUCCCAACCCCAGUCCAACAAAAGCGAAGAUCGCGCUCGUCCAGUUUAUUAGGCUUCUCCAUUGGUAGAAACAAUGACGAUCCUGAAGAACCGAGACGCAGCCGCUCCAGCUCUCUCACAUCCAUCUUCCGCAAGUCCUUUGAGAUCAGGAGGGCUUCAUUUGACGAGACAAGCCCUACUGGAUUCCUGGGUGGUAACAAGCUUGAUAAGAAGAAAGAAGACUUUCACUUGAAGGUCAAGGAGGACCAAGCGAAGGGUGGUAGCAAGGUCCAUCCUGCUAUGCGAAAGACGUUCUUGGGCCAUGGCUCGUUUACGCCGCUGAAGGUGAAUCCUCAGACCAAGGAGGCUGAUGCGCAGAAACGAGCGUAUCCUCCUAUCUCGAUUAACACCUCUGGGGCGAGAGGUCAAUCGGUGAAAUCACCAAAGUCGCCGGGAAGGAGGGGUUCUGUCAAUAUCUACCUGUGGAGCGCUCGUGCGAGACGGGGUUCUGUCAGUGAUGACUGCGCGGUUGAUGAUACAGAGGAUGAGGGUGAGCAGAACAAGGCACAGACUCCUGACAGCGAGAUUCUAUACCACAAGGCUCAAGGCCUGACUCGAAGAGGUGGUCUUUACGUCAAGAAAGAUCAGAAUGGAGAAGCUGAGACGGAGGACAAGCCAGCAGUGCCUACACCACGCACUUCAAACCAAAGCCUGAAGCAAACUCCCACAGUCAACGUCCCCAGAGACUCUGACAACCCGCCCAAGCAAGACACCAUCACCGUAUCAAGACCACCAAUAGCAUCUGCCCAAUAUCCACCCCGAAAAUCAUCCAUCGCGUCAAAUCUAUCCAUUCCUCCCACACCACCUCGUCGAAGCUCAAAGAGACGCGGUUCACUCACCUUGUUAACCCGUCUCAACCACCAACCUUCUCCCGACGAAGCUUCCAAAGCAUCACGCAAGCAGAACCCACCGAGCAUCCGUUACGAACAGACGCAAGCCGGUGCGCGACCUAAACCCAUCACCACAGAAGCUGAUCCCGCGCCCACGAAAUGGACCCUUAAGGAGGCUGCCAGGAGUGCGUUCAGUAGAGGACAUUCUACUCAGGGAUCGAUUUCUUCGACGACGAGUUCGGCGUCAAAGUACAGUCAACCUUCGCCUCCUGUUGCUUCUGGACCAUUCCCACCAAGGACUGAUUCGAGGGGUUGGGGAACGGCGAAUAGUGCGCCUAUUCGUACUCAGCACGUUCACGUCCCCAAACAUGUGACUCCGCCAGCGUCCUGUUCACCAACAGGUCGCAGACCCAUGACCAGCUCAUCCGAAUCCUCCUAUUCUGAUGCGAUUCAGUCUAUCUCACCGUUGAGCACACCACGCAGCACCCCUCCUCAAUCCGAGAUGGGUCACUCUCCCCAUAUCGCAUCCGCAAAGCCCACGAACUGGUCUUACACAAACUCCCCACGAAUGACACCCAGCUCAGACCUAGACAUCGACCCUAUCCAAGAAGCUGCCAACAGAGUAAUGGAAGCCUUCUCAAACGCCAAUCUCCGCAGCGUAACACCACGCAGCCCCAAACAAACCCCCUCACCCUCCCCAUCGCAUCCCCUCAAGCACAAAGACCGCAGCCUCCGAUCUCCCAUCCAGGGCCAUAGAGCGACCCUCUCAGAUCCGGAAGCUGGUAUAAAAACGCUCCGUCGGCAAUCCAACCUAGAACAUCUCAACCACGGCGAACCCUCAGCUAAGAUGUUUGUUGAAUGCUGCGCGUGCACGCGCUAUCAUGACAUGCCUAGCAAGUUAUACGAGGCCAUGUCCAACCCUGAUGAGGUGUUGAGCGCUGGGUAUGCGGGGAGUGUGAGCAUGACUGUCAAGUGUCCUUGGUGCAAGCAUGAGAUGAGCACCAAGUGCUGUGCGGGAUUCGCAGCUAUGGUGUACAUCAAGGAGCGCUUCCACUAA